AUGGAAUUAUUAAACAAUUAAGAGAAAGAAUUAUUAAGUAGAUAUAAUAAAUAUAUUUAAAAUACAAAUACCUAAGAAACAAUAAAAUAUUCUGAUAUAUUUGUUGGAAAACAUGAUAUUGAUGUUGGAUAAUUAAAAGAUUAGAUGAAAUUUCAAAAUACAAAAAUGAGUGUUAAAUCUUCUUCAGCUACUAAAAGAGAUGAAUUUAAAAAUAUAAUGUCAGAACUAAGAAAUAAUUAGAUUUAAAAAAGAGAAAGUGUGAAUACAAAUAAGAAUAGUUAAUUAAUUGAAUAGAAUUCAAAAUAGAAAUAAUUUGAAUAGAAUUAGAAAUAAUUAAUAAAAGAAUGUAUAUUAGAUAAACCUGAGAAAUAAGUAAGAUAGAAAUCUACUUUAUCAUAAGAUUAUCCAGAAUAAAAAAAAAGAUCAUAGAGAAUAAGUAGUUAAUAAACUACAAUUGAAAUUUAAAAAUAAUUUAAUGAGUAUUAAUAACAAAUUAAACAGUUAGAAAACUAUUAUAAUAACUUGAAAGAUUGAUAUAAAUGAAAAAGAUAGAUAAUAAAUUCUUCUUUUGUUUAAUCAAAAAACAUAUUGAAGAAUGUCCUUAAUUUGGUAAAAGAGUCAAAGAAGAAAUAAAGCAACUUUUAAAUUAAUUAUUAUGA